AUAAUGCGAAAUUCUUCCCCGUGGCAUCAGUAGUCGGUAUCGUUUAACGCGUCAAAAUGUACAUCGCAUCAGCGACGUCGGCGGUGGUCAUCGCGGCGGCCUACUUAACAUUCCUCAUCCCGGAGACCCGUGCCAGUUUCCCAGCUGUCCCGACGAUCAUCUCGAGAGCGGAAUGGGGUGCUAGAGCACCCAAGAGCGCAGCACUUAAUCUCGCGAGACAUCCGGCGCCUUAUGUCGUUCUUCAUCACUCGACCGGUAACCGAUGCGAGACUCAAGCCGUUUGCCAACUGAGAAUAAGAGAAUUUCAGAAUUAUCACAUGAACAACAAAAAGUGGUCCGACAUUGGCUAUAAUUUCGUAGUCGGCGAGGACGGCAACAUCUACGAAGGCCGCGGUUGGAAUAAGAAAGGCGCUCAUUCCAAGCCCUUCAAUGGCAAAAGUAUUGGAAUAUGUAUCGUUGGCGAUUUCACCAAUCGAACGCCAAACACAGCUGCGGUUCAAGCUGUUCAGCGGCUAAUCAGUUACGGAGUAACUAUCGGCGAAAUAAAGAACGACUACAAGCUGCUUGGACAUCGGCAAACCUGGCAGACCCAAUGUCCUGGAAAUAGUCUUUACACGAUGAUACAAUCGUGGCCUCAUUGGGCGCAGGCGGCUUAAUAAGCAUUAUUUUUCAAUAAGAGUGCAAUAAGAACGUUCCAAUCAACCGUGAUCGGGGUGUUCAGAUCGUGAGCUAUGACUGCAUUUGUAGUUUUAUAUGUGUAUUUAUGUCUCAUUUCUCACUGGGUCUGUCAAUACACGUCCGAAGAAAUCAA